UAAAACCUAAGCAAUAGUCAACAACACGUGUUCUUUAAUAUUAAUUAUUAAAUUUAUUAUAAUAUUUCUUGUUAUACUGUUUAAAAUAUAAUGGGUAAAAAACGUAGGCGCACUGACGAAGAUACCGAAUUUGAUUUGACCAGAAAAGCCAAAGAAGUAAAAGACGACAAUGAAAAACGUUUAAUUGUCAUUUUAGAAAACGCACAGUUGGAAACUGUUAAAGUUGGAAAAUCUUUUGAACUAUUAAAUCCUGAUGAACAUUCACAUUUAUUACGUAAAAACGGUCGAGAGAUAGGAAAUUGUAGACCUGACAUUUCUCAUCAAUGUCUACUGAUGUUAUUCGACAGCCCACUAAAUCGGGCUGGUCUACUUCAAGUUUACAUUCAUACAGAAAAUAAUGUUCUUAUUGAAAUAAAUCCUCAAACGCGAAUCCCCAGAACAUUUAAACGUUUUGCUGGACUAAUGGUCCAGCUAUUACAUAAAUUUAGUGUAAGAGCAGCAGAAACAUCUGCCAAAUUAAUGAAAGUAAUUAAAAAUCCAAUCACCGAUCAUUUACCAGCUGGUUGUCGAAAAGUGGCAACUUCUUAUUCUGCCGAAAAACCUAUUAAGCCAUCUGAACUUGUUCCUCAAGAUGCUCCAAUUGCUUUUAUUGUUGGUGCAAUGGCUCAUGGACAGAUUAAAGCAGAUUAUGCUGAACAAACAGUAGCGAUAAGUAAUUAUCCAUUAUCAGCUGCACUGACAUGCACUAAAAUAUGUUCAGCUUUUGAAGAUAGUUGGGGUAUACUGUAAAAUUGUACGUUUGAUUACUGUUUUUUUUUUUAUUCUUUUUAAUUGUUUUAUAUUAAUUAUCCUAAUCUAACAUACCAACUUGAAGUAAAAAGUUUUAAAUUGGUAAAAUAAAAAACUACCAAGUCUAAUAUAAGUACAAAAUUUGUCUUUAAAAUGAAUUUUAAAAAUAAAUACAAUUUGGAAUUA